AUGGAACAAUCUGACGCACCCGAUAUUAGAGAACGUCCUGAAGAGUCACCCGAAGAGGCGCUAAUGGCGUCCUUCCGUGUAGCUGCCGAAUCUGUUGCACAGCUUUACAAAACCUCUUUGAAUCAAAAAACGAAAUAUCAUAACACUGGAUAUGAACAAUGUCUGCAAGAUUUAAUGGGCUUCGUUUCUUCCCAUCCUAGUGUUCAACAAAGAAGACAAACAGGUGGGGAUGGACGGGACGCGUUCAUAUCGGUGCAGGAUUUGUGCAGUUUCAUCAAUUCCAAAACAGAGCAGCUAAAAUCAGUGACUCGAAGGAAUCGUGAUGAAGGAAUUAAUGUUCGUUUACAAUCACAACAAUCGCAACACCAGCAUCAACAACAAUUUUUGCACGAUCAAAUUUCAACUUAUGAUCAAAUAUGCCCAACUUCUAACAUACCACCAACUUCAGCCAACGUAUUUGAAAACAACCAUGAGACAUUUAACUUUUCCUUUCCAGAUCAUGUUACGUUUAACUCUCUUCAGCGCGAAAUUGAUUGUAUUGAUACGGGCCAAGGAGGAAUUGGUAUCUUGACUGGAAACGAUAAUUUAAAAAGACGUUACAAUGGAUCAAGCGAAUUGAAUUUCUUAGGACGAUCUACAACUUUUGAAUGUUCAUUUUACGAACCUCCCACUAAGAAAGGAAGGUUACGCAAGGAAGAAUGA